AAGCUGAUGGUACUGGACGCCAUGGUGACGCGGCUGCGCGCCGCCGGCCACAAGAUCCUCAUCUUCUCGCAGUUCGUCAUAAUGCUGGACAUCCUGGCUGAUUUCCUGACGCUGCGUGGUCACGCGUUCGCGCGGCUGGAUGGUGCCGACUCGAUCGCGACGCGCCAGAAGAGCAUCGACGCCUUCUCCUCCGACCCUGACCUCGGCGUCUUUAUCAUAUCCACGCGCGCCGGCGGUUUGGGCAUCAACCUUAGCGACGCCGAUACCGUCAUCAUCUACGACAGCGACUGGAACCCGCAGCGGGACCUGCAGGCGCAGGACCGCGCUCACCGGAUCGGUCAGACGCGUCCGGUGGUGGUGUACCGGCUGGUCACCGGCGGCACCAUCGACGAGCGCAUCGUGGAGCGCGCCGCCGCGAAGCGGAAGCUGGAGAAGAUGGUGAUGCACACGGACAAGUUCAAGUCGGGCCGCCGGGAGCAGGUGAACUCGAGCCUGGCGCCGAUCACGCCCGAGGAGCUGCUGGCGCUGCUGCGGCAGCAGCAGCACCAGCGCGUGGUGCGCGCCGGCGGCCAGGUGUUCAGCGAGGAGGAGCUGGACCAGCUGCUGGAUCGCUCGGAUAUGCUGCAGGCCUGGUCCGGUCAGAAGGCUGAGCUCAAGCGACGCGAGACGACCGGCGUCUUCAAGGUGCUGGAGGAGGUGCAGGGUACGCUGUAGCCUCGGGCUGGGGUCACUGCCGUCGUGUGCAGGCGCCGGAGGUGUGAGCUGCGCGCGUGCCGGCCAUAAGACGGGGGUCUGGUGCUGAGGGCGUGAAGAUUACGGUACGCCGCUAGUGUGAGCCGGGCACGGUACAGGAGGAGGAUGUCAACAGGGGAGGUGGAGAUUUGGGCACUGAAAAUCGUGUACUGGCAGUGCGAUGCGAGUGUCACUGUCGUGAGGGCACGUAGCGAGACAUGUGAUGUUCUUCCUUGUCUUAAAGCCGGAUAACCCAGAUUCUCGCGGCGGCUUAAGUAAAUUUGUUUCGUGCAUUCCGCAGUCUGAAUCGCCAUACUCGAUCUCCGUUAUGAUGUGCGAGAAAGCCGCGCGCCUUCGACGGACGGUGUGGUCGGAUUGCGCCGUUGGUGAACAAACGCUCUUUCGUUUCACCGGCGCAAAGUGUUAUUCCGCUGACGUUCCGAGUGCCCUGACAUUUUGCUCCAGCAGUGGAUUUUGUAAGAACUAGCCAAGCACAUCUGUGGUUCGCGUUUGAAGUGGCGUGUGUGACGCCUGUAGUACUUGACUAGGGCAUAGAAUAAAUGCGUUU